AGUGUGUUGUGAUGUCUGGAACGAUAGAAUAUCCUACUGUUAUGUUGCAGUAGACACUCCACCGGCAUAUUUCGUUCCCAUAAAAAACCCAUAGGAAACAACGUAAGGAGCUGUCCGUUUCAGCACUACAUAGGCUACCGUCGCCUUUGUGUAUCUACAUCACGUAAUGUCUAUUUCAAUUUGACGACCUCCAUACUUGAUGGAACUCGAAGCUGCGGACUGCAGUGCCAAUAACAGCGUGUUGCCUGCGGUACGCCGGUGUAAUAGACAACGCAUCUCUUAUUCCGUGGGCUAUGCUAUAUAGUAACAUGCGGUCAGACCAACUCACCGAAACCUUGCUGUCCUUCUGCAACGUUUAACCUACAUAAUGUUCCGGUAUGGUGACUAGAGAUCUGCUGGAAGCGACCUAUGGGCCUGUUGGUCCCAUUUGUCCACGAUAUCCUUAUUCUUACUGAGUAGGAAAGAAGAUAUCCUCAAUAUACACUCCUCUCUCUUCUUUAUCAUUCUCUCUCUUCCUGGCCUCAUGAUGUGCAGAGUGUGAGGUCAUGUCCCAGUCUGGAAAAGUCAUUCAUCUGUAUGUGGAGGUGAGGUCAGCCCCAGAGCAGGAUGGGAAGGGGGGCUUGGGAGGAGGAGUGGAUGGGCUUGGGACUGGGAGUGACUCCGCCUCAGCACAGGAUCAGCCAGCGGGGCUUUUGUCCCAGCUAGCCUGCCAGACAAAAUGCCAAACUCCUAGCAAAGCUCCAAUACACCGCCUGGCCCAUAACUUCACCCACACCCAGUCUCCCUCCAGACACAAAGUGAGCUUCCAGCUCCACCAAGGUAAUGGCACCCAAUCGCCUAGCAUCUCCCAGCAACAGAGUUUACCAGCAGCACUGACCCACUCCCCAGCCUUUUCUGGGAUUGGGAAGACCACCACCCCACACAAAGAUCACCACCCCUCCAAAGGGCAGGGGGUGGGGGGCAAUGGCAAACGGUCGGUGGUCACCUUCAGCUACAUUGAGAAGGCUAACGUCAAGACAGUGGAGAGCCCACAGAACUCAGCCUGUCAGAGGAGGUGUGGGGAGGAGCUGUCGUCCCCACCUUCCCACCCCCGGAAUAAACUCAGCGAUCCCAUCUGGUUGGGUAGUCCUGGCUCCUCAUGCAGCUCCAGUCCCAAACUAGCGUUUCGUCCCCCAGGGGGUCACCAGCAGCAGCCGACAGGCUCCCCCAGCCUCCGCCACCCUGUCUUGGAUCCUGUCGGUAUUGCGGCCACCCAGCGUGCCCUGGAGGAGUUUGGGUUUGGUUCCCCCCUGUUCAGGAGUAAGAUCAUCCAUGGGCUGGAGCAGAGUCCCAGGGGCUCCCGCCACAACCAGCAGGCCCGCUGCCUGUCCUGGGCCGGCGGUUCUCCUGUCCAGCACCACAGCGCCUGCAAUAAUCUCCACAAUAAUCACGCUGUGGAUGCAGAUAGAAACCGGGCUAUUUGCGGGCCAUUACCCAGGAGCUCAGCCUCUGUCCAGCUUUCGUCCCAUGCUAGGCAGGGCACUCUGGGCAUGUCUCCUUACUCAAGACCCAGGUCGUGCAUGGGGCUCCAGGCCCAGAGCCCACACCACUGGGUAGGUCAGGACAAAGCUUUAGCAGGUAGUCCAGCCACACAGAGACAAGUGCACAAGCCCUGUAACAGUAGUUCCUCCUCUCAAGGGACCAUCCUCCAACUUAAAAAUAAACUAGGGGAGAGAACUGUACUGAAUCAGCUAAGUUGUAGCAAACCCUCCUCCCCAGCCAACAGCCCUGAAGUGGCCCGGAGGCUAGCCGAGGAGGCUACUAAAGUAUCCUCUAUUUUAGCAGAGGUAAAGAGGAACUCAUUGACAUUGCACAAUGCUUUAGACGAAGUAGAGAGACCCAACUCUGAAUGUAUGUCUGGAGAAGCUGACAGUUCUGUCUCAAAUGUACAACGGCAACAUUUGCAGCAUCAGACAGUUAAGAUGAAUAUCCCUUUACACGGCCAACACACACCAGCGUCGAACGACAUUGACUCUCACCGGGCUGGAAAUGUUUUAGCAUCGUCACGCACACAGGACUCAAACUCUCCAACAACAACCAAUCACGGGACACAGCAUGGAAGAGGGCAGGCUCAGAGCUCCAUUCUAUCAGACACAGUAGUGGGUGUAGGAGGGUCCCCUGCCCUGCCUUCACGCUUCAUCCGUCCAUCUCUUCCCCCAGCCGAGACCAGCUCCCCUCUGAAAGACCCCAGGCUGCUGAGAGCCCAGCUCAGAGUCACAGAAAGCCCAACACUGCAUCGCUGCCAGCCCCCUCAGUACACUAGAGAUUUCUGGUCCUUCGAGCCGGACGAGAGAGCCGACUUCUCCUGCUUUGAUACGGGGGAUAGUGCCGAGCUGGCCCGUAGGCUCUAUAUACGCCAAAGUGUGGUGGAAGCCCCUGUCAGCUGGACCUCCAGGCAGCCCUGGAGCCACCUGGUAGAGGAGGAGAGCAGAAACUCCAGUUCCAGCCCCAUACACGGACCUGGGCAGCAGCCCCUAAGCGUGGCCCAGCAGAAAAGAGCCGAGCAUAGGAGGAGGGAGGUUCUGCUGCUGGGCCCUGUGGUGCUGGACUCGCCAGAGGAGGAUGAGGGCCUGAAUGGGGAUGGGGAAGAGGUUCACAGACCAGGGCAACAGCGAGGCCUGCUGAGGGUUGAGGAGCCUCCAGAGGGGGAGCAAAUCAGGGUAGCAGGAUCCUCAUCACGCAGCUCCAGCGGGGUGACCGGUAGCCUGGGGGAAAGGGACUGUGUGUCCCCAGAGUCCAGUCAGUCCAGUCACCAGAGCAACGACACAGGGGCUGCCACCUCAGGGAUACAGACGGACAGUGGUUCUGCAGUCCCAGGCCCCUCCCUCCACUCUCAGAGGAUAGCUCGUGCCAAGUGGGAGUUCCUAUUUGGGAACCCCGCUGAGGAGGAUGCCAGCAGGGGGGAGAAAAAUACCAUCGAGGCCUCGACAGCUCCUCCUAGUGGCCAGUCCAGUGAAUCCCCCACUCCCACGCCCCCCACCUCCCUCCCCCUCAUCUCGGCUAAUCAUGAGGUGCAGCAUGUGGAGGUGGAGCUGGUGACUCCUCACCCAGCUGUGGCGGGGGCGUCGCCCAAGACGGGCAUCAUCCGGAUGACCCUCAAGUACUCGGAGACGGACCUGGAUGCCGUGCCCCUGCGCUGUUACCGCGAGACCGACAUCGAUGAGGUGCUUUUGGCUGAGCAGGAAGACGCCGACUCAGCAUUUGGCAGUAACCGUAGCGUGAAAAGCACGUCGGGUACAGACAGCAGCCCCCUGGGUGUCUGUCCCUAUGAGAGCACAAGCGCGGAGGAGGAGGUGGAAGGAGAGGAGGAGGAAGAGGAGCUGGAGGAGGAGGAGGUGGUGAGCUGGGCCUCAGUGAGGAUGCAAGGGGACAUUAAGAGACAGCAGCAGCAGCAGGUGAUUAGUCAGCUGCUGAAGAGGCCGUUGGACAGUUUCUUUGACAACCUCCCGGCCCUCAAGUCGCCCGUCCUGUUGUCGGGGCCUCGCCUCGCAGGCACCUCCGAGGACAGCUUUAGCCACCAUUUUGAGAGCAUCAUGGAGUCACACCGCGCCAAGGGCACGUCCUACGGCAGCCUGGACCUGGACAGUGAGGAGCUGCUGACCUCCAGCACACAGACCGUCCUGACCUUUGACCUCCCCACGCUGACCCCAGAGAUCCAGGGGGGUCAGAUGAUCUGUCAAAGCGCCCGGCAGAUUGUCAAGCUGAGCUUCGCCCCAUUGGCCCACUGCGAGAGGGGGACAAGCUUAUCAGAUUCCAUCGUCACGGUGACGGGAGACUCGGAUGCCACGCGUGCCCCCUCCAGUGAAAGGCUGAGUAGUAGCCCGGAUGACACGCCCCUGAGAGGGGGAGGGGGCGGGGCACGGAUGCUGGGGAGCAGCUGGUACAGCAACCCCACAUUCUCCUUCCCUAGGGAAAAGGCUCGUCUGGCGACAGACUCAGAGCUGGACCAGGACCUCAGUGAGCUGCUGGGCCUGGGGAGCAACGACACCCUCACCAAUGGUAACCGUGCCAACGGGGAGGCCGCUAAGCGCCUGGCCAAACGCCUCUUCACCCUGGACGGCUUCAGGAAGUCCGACGUGGCCCGCCACCUCAGCAAAAACAAUGACUUCAGUUGUAUGGUUGCAGAAGAGUAUCUACACUUCUUUAACUUCAAGGGUCUUGCUGUGGACCAAGCUCUGAGAGCCUUUCUCAGACAGUUUUCCCUGAUGGGGGAGACUCAGGAGAGAGAGCGGGUGCUGGCUCACUUCUCCAGGAGAUACCUGCACUGUAACCCCAAACUUAUACCCUCUGAGGAUGGUGUCCAUACCUUGACCUGUGCCCUGAUGCUGCUAAACACAGACCUGCAUGGCCAUAACAUUGGCAAAAGGAUGUCCUGCACACAGUUCAUUGGCAACCUGGAGGGUCUGAAUGAGGGUCAAGACUUUUCCAAAGACCUUCUGAAGGCCCUGUACAACUCAAUCAAGAAUGAGAAGCUUCAAUGGACAAUCGACGAGGAGGAGAUGCGGAAGUCUUUCUCAGAGCUGGGGGACACCAGCCAGGCAGACUCCGCCUCUAAACACAUGAAGAGCAUGGCCAGCGGCGGGAAACCACUAGUGGCCAUGGCCCAGCCCUCAGGAGCCCUGCUGUACAAGAACGGCUUCCUGGUGCGCAAGGUGCACGCUGACUCAGACGGCAAAAGAACACCGCGUGGGAAAAGAGGAUGGAAGACGUUCUAUGGCAUUCUGAAAGGGCUGAUUCUCUACCUACAGAAGGGAGAGUACCGGCCAGAUAAGCAGCUGUCGGACGAAGAUCUGAAGAACGCUGUGUCCAUCCACCACUCUCUGGCCAUGAGGGCUGCCGACUACAGCAAGAGACCCAAUGUGUUCUACCUCCGCACCGCCGACUGGAGGGUCUACCUCUUCCAGGCACCAAGCACAGAGCAGAUGCAGUCGUGGAUCACACGCAUCAAUACGGUAGCAGCCAUGUUCUCGGCGCCACCUUUCCCUGCAGCCAUUGGUUCACAGAAGAAAUUUGCCCGACCUCUGCUGCCAAGCUCCACCUCCAAACUGUCACAGGAGGAGCAGGUCCAGUCCCAUGAGACUCGGUUCCGGGCCAUCUCCACUGAACUGGCUGAGCUGCGCUCAUAUCCUCCAGACCGAAAGGUCAAAGGCCGCGAGCUGGAGGAGUACCGCCAGCGAGACGAGUACCUGGAGUUUGAGAAAACACGCUACGGUACAUAUGCCAUGCUGCUGCGGAACAAGAUCCGCUGCGGCGAGGAUGACCUGUCCGUAUUCGAGGUUCAGAUCCUGGAGGACAACGGGCUGCAGCGCGCCCAUUCCAGCCCCACGCUGCAGGACUUCAGCCAGGCAAGCCAGGCCUCCCAGGGCAGCAGCACCAAGGAGCCAGUGGGCUGCAGUGGCAUGGGAAAAGGCUCCAAGCACACCGAGGCCCAGAGAUACAGCUACCGCCAGGCCGUCAAGAAGUGAGGCAGGGCGGGGCGCCGGGUGGUGAUGACGUGGCAGGUUUGUCUCCCUGCGCAAGUUUUUAUUAGAAAUCCAGUGGAGGGGGCUUAUAAGAGCUUGAAAAGGAAAGGGGUGAGAGUGUACUGUAUACACCAUGGCGCACCCACCCGGCACCCCCGAUCUCCUCUGCCAAUAGGGGAGGUGCAGCGGUGCAGAUCCUAUGACUGGCCAAUGCCAGCGGUGCGUUGGGGCAGGAGGGAGGGAGGAGCGUUGGAGAGGUCAUGCAGCUUGGAAAGAAGGUAUACCAGCGAAAGCUUGCUGCAUACGGUAUGUUAAUAGACGGUACCAUACCGUAUGGUAAGACAGAGGUUCCUCCCGUAAGCAAUAUCACCGCCGUACAAGGACUCCCAUCCAGCAUCUUUUUCUUUCCUUUUCUUUCAGGGCAUCUCUCCCACAAACCCCUCCUCCAGCAUUUUUUCUUGAAAUGUUUUCCUCUGAUUUGGGACCAAACAUGUUUACACGUUUAAUAAAUUAAGUCUCAGAUGACUGUGCUAUUGAUUUGAACACGUGUUACAGUACUGUAAUACUGUAGUAACAGGAGCUAGAUCCUCGACUCAUUGCAUUGCUGUUCCCUUUUUUUCCAUGACAUCUGUGUGUGUCCACAUCCAUGAGGGAGCCUAACGACAAGGGUACUUGCAGCUCUUGAACUCUUCUUUGGGGCAAAUGUGAUGGCAACAAGGUGGCUCUAGUGGAUCAGAAUGGCAGUGCACUACACACCCGGAUCUGCAAUGAAGGCUCAGUUGCAGCUCUCCCUCCUGGCCCAAGUCAGGGCGAGAGACUGUGCUCUCAUGACUUCAAACCACUCCAAUCUCUGCCCCCUCUCUCUCUGCUCCCCUGUUCUCACAUUCUCUGUCUCAGAGAGGGGGUAACUGUGGCUCCCCUCUCUAUCAUCUAUUCCAAAUGGGUUGUCAGAGUGGUUGAUGUCAUUUGAGCCACACUAGUUUACUACUGUACAGCUACACACGAGUAAAAUAAAAUGUACUUGUACCUAAUAAUCCUCUCAGCAAGAGAGGCCCAUUGUUUCUUAAUUGCUUUUCCUUAAAGGGGCAAUCUGCGAUUAAUAUAUAUGCCCAUUGAUUUUUGAAGAAUAAAUCUAUCGAUGCCUCAUGAGCUUAGUUCAACCCAAAAUAUAAACUUGUUUAACUCCUUUGUUUGUAAACAAUGUAAUUGUAAACAAACAUGGUAUAGCCUCAAAACGCCAGCCUCAUCCCUCAGCUGUUUACCAAAUCAGUGGUAGGGUAACCGGUAUGUUAUUGUUCAAAACUGCAGAUUGCCCCUUUAAUAACAUAACCCUCCUACCUAGCCAGUUGCUUUAGCUUUGUCUUGCAGCAGGCUUCUUUUUACUACUCUGUGCGUGAAUGUUGUUUUUUCUCAGCAUGCCUGCAUCGAGCUCUGCCUUUUUCUUCUUCUUGGGGAAAAAAAAUGUUUGGGUUAUGUUGUCUUUGUACUAAUCCUGUUGUAUUGACAUGUCCUCCCUGUUACUCCCUGUGUAAUCACUCGUUUAUAAGACCUGUUUUAACACUCACCAGGCAGACCCUGAAUGUACUUGUUUUUUCAAUAUUUGUACAGCAUUUUACAAUAACCUGUUGAUGUUGGACAUUCUCCCCCUCCUCCUGUGUACUGUUACAAGUGUCAUUAUACAUAAGUGUUAUUAUAGUAAACCUAUGGCAUAUGUUUUCUAAUAACCUGCCAACUACUAUAUUAUGCUUAUAUUGUAUGAUACAUUAUAUAUGUCGUUUUACAAUAUAUCCUGGUGAAUAUGCAUAAAAUAAACAUACAGAGUUGAUAUUAUACAUUCCCUGUAUUUAAAUGUCCUGAAAGUGAUCUAUGAUAAUCAUGUGUUUUUACAUAGUAUUCUGUAUGUAAAGGGUCAACAAAGGCACCAGCACAAUCUUGAGUAUUGUCUAAAUGCCUAUGUAUCUAUCAAACAAUGAUGAGAUUGAGAAAGGAGAUCUGGCGAGGUGGGACAAUACCAUAAUCAAAUUCCCAUCAUUAUUUCAACUCCCUGGCCUGAAGUAUUCUGAAGAGAGUGAGAGAGGUAUUCUUCUUUAAAUUGGUAGCAUGAUUCACUUUGAAGGUAUUUGUUGAUGUUGAUGUUGUCACAGAGUAAUGUUUUGCUGUUGUUGCUACAUGAAAAACAGACAUAUGGAAUAAUGUAGUGGGUGUAUGUGUAACGUGUGAAAUGCGUGAGGAGGGCCUUGUAGGCUAAUAGACGGGGGAAGCAGCAAGACAUUUACUGACAGAAUAUGUAUGGAAGCAUAUCCAUACCAUAUCCUCAGUCAAUGUAAAGAAAAAUAAUCAACAUAACUAUUUCAUGACAUACCUUCAGUUUCAAGCUACUCAGGCUUUCAAAUGUCGGCCUUGAACAGCUGUAAUGCCAGCAUCGUACCAGCAGAGAGAGCUGUUUAGCAGGACAUUCAGUUACCUUUCAGCCAUAACAUUGCUGCACCUGUACUGCACAAGCUUUUUAGGGUGGCCCAUUGGCAGUCUCGGGAUAUGGAACACUGCUGAGCUAUGUGUGAUCGGUGACUGAGAGUUCUUUGUGUGUGUGUGUUUGUGCGUGUAUCUGAGGAGAUGUGUUUCUGUUCUGCUGUAAGUUUGUGAAUGUCAUUGAAUGCAACAUGCUGCAACCUGGCUGACCUGCUGUUCUACUAAGGAGCCUAUUUAAGGAAUGUGGCUGAGGAUAAUGGUCUAGCCAGUGCAUUCAUGUGAUGUUUUAAAGCAGCAACGGUUUAUCUAGCUGUGUCUAUUAACUUUACUUACCUUGCUGGAAAUGGUUUUUUUUUGUACAAUUUUAGUACAGAUAAUUGAAUGUUAUGUCUAAGUUUAGCAUGGUGUAUUUUGCCUCUCAUCUUUUCCUAUCUCACCUCAGUCAUUUUCAAAUUCUUCUCCUUCCUUUUCCAUGAUCUCUUCUCCACUCCAGUCUCCUCUGCUCAUGCUUUCUUUCCCUCUCUAUUUUCCCCUCCACUCCUCCUCCUCUCUCGCAUCACUUCACUUUCCCUCUGUCACUGAUAUUGUCAGUUUGUUCUGCCCUCUGUCUCUGUCAUCAUCUCACUAAUCUUUUAGGGAGCUGCCUUUAUCAGAUAACUGUAUGUGUUUAUUGUUACUAUAACUGAUGAUAUAUACCUUUAAUUGUAUUGUAACGAUGUUACAGCUGUGAUAUUACUGCUUGGUACUUGUAUUUAUCGAUAGUGUUUGACACUGGUGGCAUAUGUUGCCAGGGUAGUCUACCACAGAAUGACAUGUCCCCUCGGACAUUGGAGGGAACAGGGUAAGGACAUACAAAGGGACAUUGUGUUGUUCAAUCAACAGGUGAACAACUGAAAAUCACAUCUCUCACACACUAUUUGUUCAUAUCAUAGGGUCUAUGCAAUACAUGCCCUGUUCUCUGUGUCCCAGGCACUAACCAUGAGGGAGAGAGGCAUACGGUAUAGAAUCUGUUAUAAAGCAGUAUGAUAGCCGGGACUAGCCUCAGCUUCAACCUCAGCGAGCUCUCUAUGCCCAAUCUGCCACCCCGCACCCUCUGACAUCAUCACAGAGCAGCUGCAGGGUCUCCAUGGCACUGGUUUGCAUUGAAACCACUAGCUCCCAACAAGUGUUCGCUCUAUGAUACUGAAAUGAAAGCCUAGGUGUUACUGUAUGUUCAACCCAUUCCCAGCCAGCACUUCUGAAUGUGACAUGUGUGUGUGUAUAUAUAUAUAUAUAUAUAUAUAUAUAUAUAUAUAUAUAUAUAUAUAUAUAUAUAUAUUUAUAUAUUUAUAUAUAAACAGCAUGAGAUAAUAUUAUUAUGGUCUGCAAUUCCUUUGUAUUAUGUUUAGUGUAUUUAAUGAAUGGUUAAUAUACAGAACAACAUUUUUGUCCUUCAGUUCAUUGUCAUGUUUUUUGUUUUAUGAAGCUGAAUAAAGUCAAUGUAUUUAAUGCUGUUUUAUGCUGAUGUGUUGUAGACACCACACCAACGCUUUCAAAACUGUGAUAUAAUACACUACAGUGGGGUUCUGACUCAUUUCAGUUUUCUUAGAAUGCUGCCAAUGAGAGACAUUUAAAAUGUUUUUACUUGAAUUGUUUUACUCAUUUUAGCUGUACACAUGUCCUCCACCUGUUAAAACCUCACCUCUGUAAGAACACAUUGUUUGUAUAGGAGCUUUUCUUUUGGGAAGCAUAAAGGAAAAAUAAAAGUGUUCCAAAAAGUGA